AAUUAAGUGACAAAAUCAAAGAACAAAUAACAAGCCCCCAAAAUGUCUACAACAAUAAGACUUUUAACGAAACUAUUCUUUUCGGAAUUUAUUGCCACCGGAUUUUUAAUGUUCGCCGGUUGCAUGGGAGCCUGGGAAUCAACAAUAUUUCCCAAUACCAACUUUCAAAUCAGCAUUAAUAUUGCCCUCAUCGUUAUGAUCGUAGUGCAGUGUUUUGGUCAUGUCUCAGGAGGUCAUGUGAAUCCUACGGUUACAGUGGCCGCAUUUAUAAAUGGCGUCAUAAAUUUUCCCAUGCUGGUUGUCUACAUUCUGGGCCAAGUUCUUGGAGCCACGGCUGGUUUUGGCAUCUUAAAGGCCGUUUCGCCACCCAUGCCCGACAAUUUUUGUCUGACCUUGCCCAAUGAGGAACUCACGACGUUGCAGGUGUUCGUUGUGGAAUUUGUUAUAUCGAGUAUGUUGACGGUGGUAGUGUGCACGUUUUGGGAUUCAAGUAAUGCUGGCAGACACGAUGCGUUGCCCAUACGUAUUGGCUUCACAUUGGGUUCUUUGGUGUUUUCAGCGAGUCGCUUGAGUGGCGGUAGCAUGAAUCCAGCACGUUCCUUUGCACCUGCUCUAUUGAUGUCAAAUUUUGAUUACCAGUGGCUCUACUGGGUGUCUCCUUUGUCAUCUGCUGUCAUUUCAAGUCUUAUAUACAAAUACUUCUUCAAAACUCCUGCUCCGAAAGAAGCCAUAACCAAUAACACUGUAGAAGCAGACCAGAACAAGGUUCAGGUUUAA